UUAGACCUUGCCUGACACAUGGCGGCCCCUCUGUGUCGUCAGUAGGGAGAAGUGGUCUCUAAAAGGCCCCUGGGUGUCUGAGUCUAGACUGGGGAGCCUGUGAGGUCAUUGCUGGGCGUAUCGGUGCUCAGCAGGCUUCCCUGAGCUAUCCUGAUUUCCUCUUAAGUGCCAGGCUUGCCAGGAAGGCUGCAAGGAGGAGCUGGCUUUCUCUUGCUGUCCAUACCUGGGCAAUAACUGAGUCCAGCUUAGGAACAAGGUCCCCAGAGAGGCUCUUUCCUGACUGGCCCUAUCCCCUCCAUUACCAUGUGACACUGAAGAGCCAGCCGGCUGACGCUGAGUCUGAGCGCCAGUCUGCCUGCAGCUUGGUAGCUCCGGCAGCCGCUAGAGGCUUGGUCUGGCCAAGACAGUUCCCUCCAAGGCCAGGGUGGAGCAGGGAGGACCAGAACGGGGUGUCUGGAGAGAGAAAACGCAACGCAGACUUCUGCAGCCUCUGCUGCCGUCACCCUCACCCCACGAUGUCGCUGAGAGUGUACCCUCAGUAUCCCAGGACCCAGGAAGACAUGGCAUUCAACCUGACCAUCCUGUCCCUCACCGAGCUCCUAAGCCUGGGUGGGCUGCUGGGCAAUGGGGUGGCCCUCUGGCUGCUCAACCAGAAUGUCUACCGGAACCCCUUCUCCAUCUAUCUCUUGGAUGUGGCCUGUGCUGACCUCAUCUUCCUCUGCUGCCACAUGGUGGCCAUCAUCCCUGAGCUGCUGCCGGAGCAGCUGAGCUUCCCAGGAUUCGUACACAUCAGCCUGCUCAUGCUGCGAUUCUUCUGCUACAUUGUGGGGCUGAGCCUCCUGGCGGCCAUCAGCACGGAGCAGUGCCUGGCCACUCUCUUCCCCGCCUGGUACCUGUGCCGCCGCCCACGAUAUCUGACCACCUGUGUGUGUGCGCUCAUCUGGGUGCUCUGCCUGCUGUUGGACCUGCUGCUGAGCGGGGCCUGCACCCAGUUCUUUGGGUCACCCAGCUACCACCUGUGUGGGAUGCUGUGGCUGGUGGUGGCAGUGCUCCUAGCUGCCUUGUGUUGCACCAUGUGUGUGACCAGCCUGCUCUUGUUGCUGCGGGUGGAGCGUGGUCCGGAGAGGCACCAGCCCCGGGGCUUCCCCACCCUGGUCUUGCUGGCCAUCCUCCUUUUCCUCUUCUGUGGGCUGCCCUUCGGCAUUUUCUGGCUGUCCAAGAACCUGUCCUGGCACACCCCCCUCUACUUCUACCACUUCAGCUUCUUCAUGGCCAGUGUGCACAGUGCGGCCAAGCCUGCUAUCUACUUUUUCUUGGGCAGCACACCUGGCCAGAGGCUGCAGGAACCCCUCCGGCUGGUGCUCCAGCGGGCGCUUGGGGAUGAGGCUGAGCUGGGGGCUGUGAGGGAGGCUUCCCAAGGGGGACUUGUGGACAUGACUGUCUAAGCUCAGUGGGUCACAACUGUAGCUCCAGCCCACGGGGGCCAGGGGGAACUGCCUGAUAGAGCUAAGAGCCAGGAUCAGAGCUCUACCAGAAAGACCCUGGAGGAACAUCUUUGCUGAUGACCCAGUCGUGUGUCCCCUGGGAGGAUGCUGGGAAGGGGCAGACCGAGUGAUGUUUCUGCAGAGGGCCUAGGAUUGUGCAUAUUAGGCAAGAGCUCCAGGACCACCUCAUGACGGCUGUUUCCACAGCUACCCUUCCCCAACAGCUACAGCAAGGAGAGGGGGCAGGCAACGGUCCCCCCACUAUCAGCAUCCUCCUAGCUAUAGAGAGUGGGGUGAUUUUUUUUCUGUGCUCCACGCUCCUCCCUUUAGAGUGGAGUAAAUGACACUGAAAUCGGACACUCGGUUAGGUAUGGGAGAAUAAGUGGCUUGGGAGUCCUCAGUGGCUGCACUAUAGCCGAAGGUGUCCUCCUGACCCCAUAACACAGCCAGAGAGCAAAGCCUGCCUGGCCUCUGUCAGGGACCAAGAGCAGAGCUGGCACCGUGGCCUGGCAAGCUAUGGCAGGCGGGUUGUAAACCAAGUCCUACCUGAGCUACAUCUGUAACUCUAGUUUCAGGGUAUCUGUCUCCCUCUUUUGGCUUCUGCCGUCAAAGCAUGCAUGUGGUGUAUA